AGAUCCCAAUCAGCAGUCUCUGGCAGGACAGCCGAGCCCCAACGCUCCUCACGUGCGGAUGUGCUGUCUCGCGCUGACGUCUCGAGAGGAGUCAUUUCACACGACUUCUAUCACAAAGUGCGACAAAUGUGAUAAAGAUGGAGAUUAAUAUCACGAGGGAAUAACUUGAGUGUUUUGUAAGUUUGGAGAAGUGGACCUGCUCUGGUCCUGGACGAGGUCACUCAGAUCUGCCGUGUAGGACAUGUUCUCACCUGCUCGCAGCUCGUUCCGUCACCUGAAGUGAAGCUGCAGGAUGAGACGAGGGGAGGAGGAGGACUCGGCGUGAUUUACAGUUCUCCACCAUGGAGGAGAAGUUCAGCAGACUCAUCUUCAUCCCCAUCGCGGCGGUGCUCUUCUUCAUGAUCGGGUACCAGUACGUGUGCCCGUCCGACAGCAACACCUGCUACUUCAGAGGGGAGGAGAAGGGGCUCUUCCAGCGCUACUCAUCAGGGUUUGAGUUAGUUUACACGGACCAGGAGGCGGACGAGGACCUCCCAUCCAAAAUCACAUCCAAAUUCAACUUCACGGAGCGAGACCUGGACCGGAACGUGGACUUCAACAUCCGAGGGGACGAUGUGAUGGUGUUCCUGCACAUCCAGAAGACCGGCGGGACCACGUUCGGGCGGCACCUGGUGAAGAACAUCCAGCUGGAGCAGCCGUGCGACUGCAUGCCCGGCCAGAGGAAGUGCACCUGUCACCGGCCAGGGAAAGCCGAGUCCUGGCUCUUCUCCAGGUUCUCCACGGGCUGGAGCUGCGGGCUGCACGCGGACUGGACGGAGCUCACGAGCUGCGUACCUGUGGUGAUGAACAAGAGGGACAAGAAGAACGCGCAGAGAGCUAAAAGGAACUUCUACUAUAUCACCAUGCUACGCGACCCAGUGUCACGCUACCUCAGCGAAUGGAAGCACGUGCAGCGUGGCGCCACCUGGAAAACCGCCCUCCACAUGUGUGACGGCCGCCCGCCCACUCAGGACGAGCUCCCCGCCUGCUACAUCGGCGAAGACUGGACCGGCGUCUCCCUCGCCGACUUCAUGAGUUGCCCUUCCAACCUCGCCAACAACCGGCAGGUGCGCAUGCUCGCCGACCUCAGCCUGGUCGGCUGCUACAACAUGACCACCGUCAGCGAGCUGGAGCGCGGCCGCAUCCUGCUAGCUAGCGCCAAAGCCAACUUGCGCAACAUGGCGUUCUUCGGCUUGACGGAGUUCCAGAGAAAGACGCAGUAUCUGUUCGAGCGGACGUUCGGCCUGCACUUCAUCCGGGCCUUCACGCAGAUUAACAGCACUCGGGCGGCCAGCGUGGGAAUCAGCGAGAAGGUGCGCUGGCGCAUCGAGGGGCUCAACGCGCUCGACGUGGAGCUGUACGAGUACGCCAAGGAGCUCUUCCUGCGGCGCUACCAGUACAACCGCCAGAAGCAGCACCAGGAGGAGCGUCUGAGGCGGUGGCAGGAGAGGCAGGAGAGGCAGCACAGGCAGCGCAUGCACAGGACCUAUCUGGCGGCGCUGUGGAGACUAGGAGGAGGUGGGGAGGAGGCGGAGGAGGAGGUGAAGGUGCAGGAGGAGAUAACCACGACAGAGGACUACAGCAGCCAGGUGGUGCGGUGGUGAGGAGCGCGCGCGGGGACUCAAAAACACACUUGACUGACUGAUGGCUGGUUGAUUCAUCGUGCUUUACUCUCCUCCCUCCGUCUCCUGCUGUCUCUGCUGUGAAUCUGCCAAAAAACCUCCUGCCCUCAUAGCCUCAUAGCGCUUUGUCGGACUGCCGAACGGUGUCUUAAUAUUUAUGAUGGAUGUAUUUGUCAUGGCAACAUAAAAACAUUUUGUAUGUAUGUUUUUUUCUUAUCGCUAUUUUUGGCACUGCAGUCGUGAAUCGUGUUUAUUUAUUCAUUAGCAAGUGCUUUGAAUGUUCUCAGAGCGGCGGAGACGUUUCUUAAACCCUGCUGAUAAUCAAUAGAGCUGACGAAUACGGCCAGGAAGUUUUAGUCUAUUUUAAAAAUGGCGGACGACUCGAAGGAUCCUGUGUGUCAUGUUUGUGAUCUAGCGCCGUGUUGAUCAGUGAUAUCUCGUAGUUACUCUGUGGUGUUUGGCUUCAUAAGGAUAUCAAAGCACAAACUUGGCAAUAGUCUGCGGUGUUUCUUAUCCCCUCUUCGACUGACGACUCUGCAGCAAACAGGAACAAUGGCGGCAGGAGUUCUUACAGGAGAAUGUGUUCAAUAAAAAGAUGCAGCACCCAGUGAUGUAAAUGUGUCCCUGGUACGCAUGUGUACAUGAACGUGAUCUGCCUUGCUCCUUUUUUUUCUCACAGCAUGUUCUCACCAUAAAAAUAUGAAAUCUC